ACUCCAGACAGACAACAACAACAACAACAACUACAACGGGAGGUAUGUUCAAAUGGUCCAAAUCAGAACCCCGCCCACCCUCUUCUGAGACUAUGUUUGGAUGGUUUAAAUCAGAACCCAGUCCACCCCCUCCUGAGACUCUUAAUGAAGAGUGGAGGAAAAUACCAUGGGGCCACAAAGAGAGAGACCUUCAGUAUGUGGAGGAUUAUCAGCCUCAUCAUAAAGACCUUGACCAGCUCAGAAUUCUGCUUUAUGGACCGACUGGUUCUGGCAAGUCCAGUUUCAUCAAUUCUGUCGAAAGUGUUUUACGAGGCAGAAUCACUGCUCAAGCUUUGUCUGAUGCAACCUUUGGCAACAGCUUCACCAGAAAAUACAAAACUUACAAAAUCCAAAAAGGAGAACCAGGAACAUUUUACCGUUUUGCCUUCACUGACAUCAUGGGCCUUGAGCAAACUGACAGAGGAGUUGGUGUGGAGGACAUCAAAGUGGCCAUGAUGGGAAACAUAGGAGAUGGAUAUAAUUUCAAUCCUGUCUCUACAAUAUCUAAGGAUGAUCGUCGCUACAACGACAACCCCACUCUAAAUGACAAAGCUCAUGUUCUGGUCUGUGUUGUCUCUGCCAGCAAAGUAGAUAUACUGAGUGAUGAAACUGUGAAAAAGAUGAGGGAUGUCAGACUUGGAGCCAGUGACAUGGAUAAGGAGAUUCCCCAACUGGCUAUUCUCACCAACAUUGAUGAAGCCUGUCCAGAGGUCAAAAGAGAUCUAAGGAAUGUGUACAUGAGCAAGUCCCUUAUGAAAAAGAUGGAGAAAUUGAGUACAUCGCUGGGUAUUCCACUGAACUGCAUCUUUCCUGUGAAGAACUACCAUUCAGAGAUUGACACAGAUGAUGACAUUGAUACACUGAUACUGAGCGCACUGAGACGAAUGAUUGAUUUUGGAGAAGACUUUGUCAACAACCUGUAGACCUACAUACUGCAGAGGAAAAACUUGCUUUAUCAUAGCCUCAUCAAAGCAAGUUCGCAAACAAAAAUGUGUAGAAAUAAUAAAAUAAAGUAGGCAAUCUUGCUGUUUGGUUUUCAUUUGUAAGUAUAUAAUGUAUUUCGACUGCAAGUUAUAAUAUAACCUGUUCUGUAUUUACUUUGCUGGAUAAAAUAGGAAUAUAGGCUUGAAACCUGCAGGUGCAUAAAGCAGACUUGUUUCAUUCUCACUAUGCAUUUUAUUUUCUGCAAUAUUGCAUUGUUAGCUAUGGUUUGUUGAUUCAAGUUGUAUGGGUAUGGAUUUAUUGUGUUGUAGUCCUUCAUUAAUCAUAAAUUGGGUGAUUAGCAGGUCAAAUGGCAUGUAAGUCAAGUUCAAACUGGGCUGAAUGUGGUUAAAAAGUUCUGGUUACAUAUACUGAACCUGUUGUUCCAACAGCAUUUUCUGUUGCAAUGUUUGAACCUGUUACAUAUCUAAUCAAUGUACUACAGUACUGCUGUUCAGGUAAAACCACAAUAAAAACUAAAAAUAAUUAAA